UGCUGCUGCUAGUGAAGAGUUUCAGUUUUUUGUGCUAAAUUUCUGUGUCUGGUAAGGGUCGAUUGAAUAGCGAGAAAUUUACGACCGAAACUGUAACUUGAUCGUGGACGUGGAUGUGAUCGUGACGAUGAUAUCACGCAGACGCCUCUAUAGCUGGACAACGCGUCUGCUCGCCAUCGGUUGCUAGCUAUUAAUACUCGUUGUGUUUUUUUUAGUCAAACCGUGUAACACUUGCCGCGUCGGCCGCCUAUACGUACCUGGUGAAGCAUCCGGAAGAUGCGGCGAUGAAGCGAAACUUCGAGGAAGCGAUCGACCUUCCCGGCAUCGAUCGAGACGAGAUACACAAUCUGGAGGAAAAGAAAUUCGUGGACCUGCUUAUUGGUGGAAUCGUGGACGAGCAGGACGGCAACUGGGAGCGAGCGAUCGAGCGGCUCGAAGGUUCCAUCAAGCAGUACAUCUUCGACGAAAACCAGUGCCGCGCGUUCAGCGAGGGUGAAUUUGAUCAUGGGUUCCUGCCCGACUUUAUCACCGCCAUUGGAAAUCACUUUACCUACGCACUCUACUGCAAUCGCAACUGCACCAUGGGCAUGCUGUUAUGGACACAGCUCCCCAUGGACGGUCCGGCAUGUCAUGGCGGCGAUAGAUGUCAGACGUAUGACGGACGCCCAUCUCUAUCGUCAGAUGGUCCGGCAUAUCAUGGCGGAUAGAAAUCUACGUAUGUGUUGCAUUUGUCUGACGAUGCUGCGGAAGAAGAUUUGAACCGUGGACCUGUAAGAGAAAGAGACGAUCGUGCAAAAUGAAUGCGUCUAUUAUUUUGGAUGAGCAUAUGUACUGUUCUAAACAGUGCAAUGAUAACACUGUUACGCCGAUACUGGUUCCAGUUCCGUGGUCGUCUGCUGCUUCACCAUCAGUGCAGAAUCCGUGCCCAUCCACAUCUGCUGCAGCAAGUGUGGUUAUUAAGCAGCCGGUUCCCAUUGCACUUGCCGAAUCCGCAAGUGCCGUGAAAAAUCCUCCGCGUCCAUCCACAUCGGUUGCAGCGGGUGCGGUUGGUCGGAAGCUUGCUCCCACUGCUGUUGUUGCAUCAGCGAGUGUCGUGCCGGAUCCU